GCAACUGCGCGCCCUUAUCUCUCGUCACCACAUUGCACCGGUGUUCAGCUCGUUCCCCACACUAAGCGCCACACUGGACAUGAUGUGGAAUUAUAUAAAACCUCACUUCCAGUUUCCACACAGUACGUCAGUGAAUCUAAAACCUCAGACAUGGACGACCCUCGACAAAAUGGCUCCACACAUACUCUAUCAACAACACUCCGGCUAUGGUGACAUCAAGGAUUAAUAUCGCCAGAUGAGUGGGGUCUUUUCGAUGCUCAACUCAGUCAAUCUCGGAAAAGCCUACCAUUUAAGCCUUUGCGUUUUUACUAGGCUAUUUCAUGCAUUUUUACGCACGGUCGAAUCUAUCGAAUAGCAGUUGAAAUGAUGGAAAAACGGAAACCAGAAUUUAGGCAUCUCAGUCCUAUUGUCAAUGGGUGCAAGUCCCCACAGCACGACAGCCUGACUACUUCCAUAACAGGUCGUGUCAGUGGGGAAGGGGGCGAAGCUGUUAGCGAGACACAGGAAAACACGACUGCGGCGUCGGGGGACUCAGCUGAGAGGAAGCGCGUCGCCAGGGAGCACUGCAACGGGACUAUCUUCAUUAAUGGCGUUUCCAAGGAAACGGCGUACCACAGCGAGCUAAAAAAGUUAGUACCGGUUAUCGAAUUGGCCAGGGGAGGAGGACCGGUGGAUAUAAACGCUAGGGAGCAGACGGCAGACAUUAACCACAAGGUACAGACCACGGAACUGUGCAGACCGCAGAUACCCCUGCCACUGGAUUCCCGGGACCCGUUGUUGAGCGAAACUCGAAUGGUGCAGUUGAGCCCGCUCGCCUUCCCUCUCCCUGCACGAGCGAUGCUGUACAGUAACUUUGCUCAACCACUCGCCACCAUGAACAGUGGCUAUGGUGGCGAGACAGAACAGUAUGGCAUGUACCCCAGCCAUCGGAUCAAACGACGACCCGCGCCUUAUGAGAUUGAAAUCAACGAUGAUAAUGGCUCACAGCCUAAAAUUGUGCGACGGAUCUUCACCAACAGCCGUGAGCGUUGGCGCCAGCAGAACGUGAACGGCGCGUUCGCUGACCUCCGCCAGCUCAUCCCUACCCACCCGCCCGAUAAGAAGCUCUCCAAAAACGAGAUCCUCCGACUGGCCAUGAAGUACAUCAACUUCCUGGCCAAGCUACUGGACGACCAGGAAGGUGUGGUGGGGGGCGGCAGUGGUGCUGAGGGGGCCUGGGCUCCCGAGGGCCAUGAGGAGAGCCUGGUCCGGGAGGAGCUCCUCCAGGGCAUGCUGUCAUCCAGCAACUCCAGCUGCGGGAGUCUUCUGGGAGGGGAUGGGAGUCCCGACUGCUACACCGAGGACCAGGACUCGUCCGUCGAGUCUCGGACGCAAACCUCCAGGGUUCUCCAUCCUCACUCUGGACUCCAUAUGGACGAACACAACCACAGAUGACUCAGCAUUUUGCCUAUGUGGAGAAGAAAAUAGACAAUGUGAGAAGCAGGAGGUUGGCGAUUUGGAGCAUUUUUCCACCUGGGUAGAGAGGGGUCAAUGGGGUGUGUCGAAUGGUGAUGCAUUUGUGUUGUGUACAGAUUUGCUCUUUCUCUUCUUCCUGUUUCGCUCAAUGGCUCUGUCUGUUAUUGUCCAAUCCAGAGGAGGGUGUGUUCUCUGGUGGAACAUGUCCCAGCUGCUGUUGUAAGCAGGUGAUGGAUUUGGAAGUCAUGAAAGUACAAACUAAGUUGAAAAUGAAGAAAAUAUUUAAAAACAGUGAAGGUGUUUCUGGAAAAAGGCCUGAAAUUGCAAAAUGAUACCUUUUCUUGUCUAAGGUGAAAGUUUGUGUAGGUACACUGCUUGACUCUAAACAAGAAUGAGAACUGUGUUCUUAAGUACUACAGACUACUAAAUGUAAGUGACUUGUCUUCAUUUUAGGGUCCGCUGAAGUUCAUUUGAGUUCCUUUAGAACCUAACAUUUGGGGUUUAUCAAAUAAUAAUGUCCAGACCUGAAGUCCAGAAAUUGUUUUCUUGAAGAUCACCUCAUUAGUUGUUGGAUGGCACAGUUAAUCCCCAGCACAAAUAGUUAUUCAGUGAGAUAACUGAUAAUAACCGAUAAUCGGUCAAGACAAAAAAAAGUGUGAGAUCUCAGUGUGGCUGUCAAUGUUGGGAGGAGAACAAAAUGUUUAAAAGUCUACUUGUUAAUGUGAUAUUCACAUAAACCACAUGGUUGCAACAUUUACCAUACAAAAUGUAAUUGAGAUUAUAAGUACGACGCAAGUGCACACACAAACACACCAUUCGAAGUUCACACACACACCAUUCAAGUUAACUGAGAGCCAAAACAAAGGAGGAAAUGAUUCCUGUCCAAUAACAGAACAAUAAAACAACAUUAUAAUAUCUCUGUAUCUAAAGAUAUUUAAAGACAGGUACAAGCAUUCCACUCUAAGUGUACAUAAAACGGACAAUGGAACAUUUUUUCAACUGCUUCUUUCCCUGUAACCACGGUACAUUGAGUUGAUCCUAUUUUUACACAUUCACUUCUUUCAUUUAUCUUUUAUUGAUAACAUUCAUAAAGGAAGUGUUUUACCACUGUAUUUAACAUAAUGUACAUGCUAUUUCAGCAUACUAUUGAGUAACCAGAAUUGGUACCUUUUAAUUCUAUGAUGUAUUCAAUAUGAAGUUGUUAUUUUGUAGGAUAAAACCUUUCCAUCUAUAAAUACAUGCAAUGUUAUUUCUCAGAGAAUUGUAAUGAAACCACAAAAUAAAAUAAAAUGGAGAAAAAGAACUUGACAA